AUGUGUCAGGAAGACUCUGCGGGCUCAGUCAGUCUGGCGAAGUGGUUAGCAAAUUCAGCUGACAUUUCCCUUUCCUUUCCUCCACGCCGAAGCCGCCACGCCGGCUCGCCCUCCCCCAAUGCCGGUUGCCCGUUUUCCUCGCGCUGCACUCCUCCUCCUCCACCACCGACGGCGGCAGCGGUGGCGUUUCGCCGAACCAUUACGUCAACACUGGGCCGGUGCGCGGAGCUAGCGGCGAGGCGCACGCCGCCGCCGCCGCUGCCGGAGGCGAGGCUUUUUGAGCGAGAGAACCCGAGGCCCGAGGCCACAGCGCGCGCAGCCUCUGCGCCCGCCGCCGGACCGGGCGCGCAAGAGGAACCCCGGACGGACAGUCGACGACGCGAAACAUCAGGCAGCAGCAGCAGCGAACCCGCGACAUGCGCCGGAGCGCGCUGCCGGUGGCCCGAACCGAACCCGGCUGAGGAGACGGGCCGGGCAAGAACGCAACAGGCGGUCAGCACGCGUCCCCCUCCCUCAUUCCCCACCACAACACUUUGGCCGUGCUUUGACUUUUGUGUUCGCUUCUCUUUCCACUCCUCCGAAACCCCCGCCGGCGGUGCUUCGGUGAGCUUUCUCUUCGUGGAACUGUGGGGUGGCACGAGUGAUUGA